CUUUCCGACAAUAAUCCUCACAAUCAACAGUCACAAGUCACUAUUACACUUCACCUCUUUCAUCCCUUUCCUUUUUCCCAAAUGGUUCAAAUCCAAGAACACCAUCAAAAUGCACAUCAACAACAACAACAACAACAACAACAACAUCAACAACAACGAAUAACACUACCAUCUUCAAAUCAGCGAAACAUGCAAUCUUCCUCUUCUCUCUCCUCCCAUAACCCCACAACCACCACAACUCCUCCCCCCGCCGAUUCACCCAACUCUUCUCCUUCUUCAAUCUCCUCUGACCACACUUUUCAUGGCUUCUCCCCCCUGAAAGAUAACCCCGCUACACCCUCUCCUUCCCCGCCACCUCCGCCGCCGGUUCAGGCCAUUAUCCCUGUUCAGGGAGUGAACCGGCUGGUCCGUGACCAACCGGAUACAGUCACGAAGACUGAGCCCGAUGCAGAGAACGGGUUCACUCAAACGAGGGUAGGAAGUAGGCAACUGCAGGUGCCUGCGCUGAGGAGGGCGAGGAGAGAUAAAUCGGUGAAAAGGGCCGGGUUGGCGUUACGGUUUUGUGAAUUUGUUGUGUGUUUGGUUUCUUUCUCUGUCAUGGCUGCUGAUAAGAAUCGCGGUUGGGCUGUUGACUCUUUUGAUCGCUACGUCGAGUUCAGGUAUUCGAUGUCAGUAAAUGUAAUAGGCUUUGCAUACUCAGGUCUGCAAGGACUUGAUCUGCUUCACCAAUUGACGACAGGAAAGGAUCUGGUUGGGAGCCAAGUGCGCUACUCCUUUGAUUUUGCCAUUGAUCAGAUGUUGGCAUAUCUUCUUCUAUCAGCCUCGUCAUCAGCUUUUACAAGAGUGGAUGACUGGAUUUCCAACUGGGGUGACGAUAAAUUCCCUGCUAUGGCGAGUGCAUCAGUUGGAGUGUCCUUCGUUGCUUUCAUUGCCUUUGCUUUCAGCUCUCUCGUCUCUGGCUAUUUACUUUGUACGCGCGCACAGGUUUAGUUAAAAAAAGCAUUACCAAAUUUGCGCUCGUAUAAUUUAUCAAGGAUAUUUGGUCGACGUAAUUGAAAGUUACUUCUUUUCCUGUGUAAAUGCCUUCUUUUCCUCUCUAGUUUCUCUGUCUUUGUUUCAUUAUUUUAAAAGUAUUUAAAUUUUGAGUUUCCAUUGUUUUGACUUUUUUUUUUGGGUUCUCAUGUCUGUAUAUAGACAAAUGUAAGUAUGUAGAAUAUUAUUGGAUUUGUGUAGAUUUGUAUUUUGUUUCAA